AUGUUGAAGGAAAUCGUCGCCCAAAUAGAGGCGCUAACGGCAAAGUUGCGAAGGAGGCAAAUACAGGGCUCCGACGAGGUGGCGAUAGCGACGGCACGGCUAUUGAGGAACGUCGUGGCCGCAUCCCGAUGUAAGGAUGUCCCGGCGUUGUCAAAGAUGGUGCGGGAUGUGGGAAGCAAGUUGCAGGCUGCUCAACCGAUAGAACUCGCCGUCGGAAACAUGGUCCAGCGAGUCCUCCACUUAAUCGCCGAAGAAGCCAACGCCGCCGCCGACGAAUCCGACUCCAACAGCGACCCCGACUCUGCCGCCGACUCCGACACACCCACAGCCGGCACCGGCACCCCGCGCUCAACCCGCAGCAAAUUCUCCACAACCUCAACAACAACAACCCCGGCAAUGCGCCGCUCCUUCGUAGCAAACGUCAAACAGAGCGUUGAAGAAAUGAUUGACGAGCUCGAAAACACUACCGCCAAUAUCUCUAACCAGGCCUGGGAGCAUAUCCACUCUAAGGAAAUCAUUCUCACCUUAGGCUACUCCUCCACCGUCGCACAUUUCCUCGAGGUUGCAGCGCAGGUGCGUGAUUUCCAGGUCAUUGUCGCCGAAACGUCUCCGACACAUGAUGGACAUACCAUGGCGGCUGCCCUUGCCCGCGCUGGGAUUGAUACGACUGUGAUUACCGAUUCGGCGAUUUUCGCGGUCAUGUCGCGUGUGAAUAAGGUUAUCCUCGGGGCGCACGCGGUUACGGCCAAUGGGGGAUGUGUGGCGGUGUGUGGGACAAAGGUGGUCGCACUGGCUGCGAAACAGUACUCGACCCCCGUGGUGGUGUGUACGGGGUUGCAUAAGGUGUCGCCUAGUUAUCCGUAUGAUACGGAGGCGUUUGGGUUGCUGGGGCAGCCGGGCCCGGUUUAUGCUUUUGAGGCGGGCGAUAUAAUCGACUCGGUGGAAAUAGUCAACCCGCUCUUCGACUACAUCGGUCCCGAAGACGUCUCUCUCUUCAUCACCAACGUAGGAACACACCCGCCAUCCUUCAUCCAGCGCCUCGUGCACGACAACUACCUCACUGAGCAGCCAUGA